CCGCCCCUCAUCAGCCUGUAACUACACUCGCUCCCUAAUGCUCUGUCUUGAUCGCCCGUAGCGUCUCUACGCACAGCAUCGGGAUUACCUAUGUUUCACAGAGGAGAUCACACAUGCGGCAUGGGUCCUCCGCCUUGCGGUGAUAUAUAAACCUCGGGCUGCGCCCAGUCCGAGUCCUCAUUCUCUCUUCGUCUUCUCUUCCAGUCUUUGUUUCCUUCGAGCUGUGCUCGGACUCGUUCUUCACUUUAUUUUCCUCAUUUUCAGGCAGCGUUUUCCCUCAGCUUUUCAUUCACGAUCCUUCAUCAUGGUCAACUUCUCCACAUCCCUCGUCCUUGCUCUCUCUGCGAUUGCUGUGAGCGCAGUCCCGCUCGAGAAGCGGAUUGCGCAGACGAUCUCUGCCUCCACCCAGAAGUGGGUGGCUGCUUGUAACGCAGCUGGUGGCGCGGACCAGUGCAGCAACAUCUCCGUUACUGCCUUCUCCACCCUGCUCGCCGCCGCCGGACCUUGCGACCAGCAGAACUCUGCGGACGCCAUGAUCACGCUCGCCAAGACGCUGAACAAUGAUCCGGACAUGAUCAAGUUUGCCCAGAUCUUUGCCCAGCAGCCGCGCAACACGCCCACCAGCGAGUCUGUGCAGUACUGCCAGCAGGCGCCGAAGAACGCAGAGCUCAACGGCCUGUUCCAGUGCCAGUUCCAGGGCGCGAAGGCAACCACAUUCGUCGGCGGCGUUGCGGUCGGCGCGGCGGGCACCAUUCCCUUCGGCCAGACCACCCCUCUCUCGCCCGCUGGCUCGUGCCCCGCGAACCCGACCGGCCCCAUCCCCGAUGGGCAGCAGCUCAGCGACAUUACCCAGGACCCCGGUCUCGCGAACGUCAAGGGCGGAUCCAGCGCCGCCGCGCCUCCUGCUGCGUCUUCUGUUGCCGCCGCGCCCCCCGCUGCCUCGUCCGCCGCGCCUCCUGCCGCCACGACUGCGGUGGCAUCAUCGGCUGCGGCUGCGCCCCCUGCGUCUACCUGCGCUGUCAAGAAACGGCGCGGCGCGAUGAAGAAGCGCAUUGCGCAGGACACCGUCGCGUCCGCGACUCCCUGGGAGGAUGCUUGCACCAAGGCCGGUGGCGCUGACAAGUGCAACCCGAUCGCGGUGACCGCGUUCAGCACGCUCCUCGCGGCGGCAGACCCUUGCGCCCAGCAGGACUCCGCGGACGCAAUGGUCGACCUCGCGAAGCAGCUCAACAACGAUGCGGACAUGAUCAGGCUCGCACAGAUCUUUGCUCAGCAGCCCCGCAACACGCCCACAUCGCAAGCCGUCGUGUACUGCCAGAAGGCGCCGAAGAACGCCGAGCUGCAGGGCCUCUUCCAGUGCCAGUUCCAGGGCGCGUCGCAGGCCACCUUCGUCGGCGGUCUCGCGGUCGGUGCCCCGGGCACGAUCCCCUUCGGCCUCACCGCGCCCGUCAGCCCCGCGGGCUCGUGCCCCGCGAACCCCGCCGGCCCGAUCCCCGAUGGCCAGCAGCUCGUCGACAUCACGCAGCAGCCCAAGGCGACCGGCGGUGCCGCCGCUGCGGGUGGCGACAACUCUGCGACUGGGGGCGCCGUGGACUGCGCGGAGGACUGAGCGCGUGUGGCGGAUCUUGCGGGUGGGUGAUGGACGACGGCCGCGUCGGCUCGCUGCUGAUGCGGUUCGUGUGGACGGGGAGUCCCGGCGGGGGAGGAUAUUUAUUACUUAUGAUUAAGCUGUUGCCUGUGGGGUUGAUGCCUGGUGUUGACGAGUUGGAUACGGGAUUGGUUGUUACGUGACGAACCUCCGAGAUGCAUGUCCCCUUCGGGGACGACGAUGUAG